AUGCUUGGGGUGCCUGUUGAAGUUGCCUCCUCUGAGAUUGCUGCUGCUACGCUGCACGUUGCGUUACCAUGGUACUUGCACUUAUACGCGGUGCCUUUUCUCUCACUGUACCCUCUCCUCGCCUAUGCAUACUACGCCAGAUAUGAUGACUGGCUACGAAGCGAAGAAUGGACCUUCUUGGCAUGCGUCACUCUUGGUGUCUCUCAUGCUCUGAGUUUUUUGAUCACAAGAUGGAAUACUGGUGCAAAAGCUUGGAUUACUGCUCGUGUGGCGCGUUCUCUAGAGGAAGCUGAUUGUAUACGCCUCAUUCCUGCUCCCCACCGUGGUCACGGCGAAAUCGUGCCUCUUUUGAAGAGGAAUUCAUCUGAUCACAGCACUUACUCCUUCAGCUAUCAGCGUGACACGUAUAUUCUCAGCUCUACGUCACCAGUGACCUUUACACCUCUACCCUACCCGUCGUCUAGUCACCAUCCUUUGGCAAGUUAUCGUUCACUCAAAAGUAUUGCUUCUGGGGAAGUUCCCCGUCUAGUUUCUCUGUAUGGCAAGAACGAAUUCAACAUCCCCAUCCCGUCCUUCACCGCCUUGUUCAGCGAACACGCAACAGCUCCAUUUUUCGUAUUCCAGGUGUUUUGCGUUUCGCUUUGGUGUCUCGACGAAUAUUGGUACUACAGUCUCUUCACUCUGUUCAUGCUGGUUGUGUUUGAAUGCACAGUAGUGUGGCAACGCGUAAGGACUUUGACCGAGUUUAGAACGAUGUCCGUGGCACCUUUCGCGAUCCAGUGUAUGCGAGACGAGAAGUGGAUGACCAUUCAGUCCGACGAACUACUCCCGGGCGAUAUAGUGUCAAUAGUUAGGCGCGAUUCUACAAUCAUUCCUGCGGACAUUCUACUAGUCCGGGGUACAUGCAUCGUCAAUGAGGCUAUGCUGUCGGGAGAAUCCACACCCCUACUAAAGGAAUCAAUUCAACUGCUAGAUGCUACCGAGAAGCUGGACGUUGAUGGUUUGCAUAAGAACGCUGUACUUUUUAGUGGGACAAAGCUCUUGCAAGCAGUUGACGGAGGGCAGACACCGGACGGGGGUAGUUUAGGUGUUGUCCUGCGUACAGGUUUUGGCACAGCGCAAGGUCAGUUGGUUCGCACUAUGAUCUUCUCGACAGAACGUGUGUCAGCGAACAAUUUCGAGUCGUUCCUCUUCAUCGGGUUUCUCUUGAUUUUUGCAAUUGCCGCAAGUUGGUAUGUAUGGGUAAAAGGCAUUGAACGUGACCUGAAGAAAUCCAAGCUGCUACUCGAUUGCAUCCUCAUCGUUACUAGCGUGGUCCCUCCGGAGCUGCCCAUGGAGCUAUCAUUAGCCGUGAACGCUUCUCUUGUUGCGCUAUCUAAGUACGCCAUUUUCUGCACAGAACCCUUCCGCAUACCGUACGCCGGUCGUGUCGACGUGUGCUGUUUUGACAAGACUGGGACCAUCACAGCGGAGAAUCUUGUGGUAAGAGGUGUAGUGGGUACAGAUCCUAUUGAUCCUCUGAAACUAGUCGAAGUCAAAGACACUGGCAGGGAGACGACGUUCACUCUUGCUGCAGCGCAUGCCCUAGUCAGACUUGAUGAUGGCACAAUCGUUGGUGACCCAAUGGAGAGAACUACCUUAGAAGCAUUGGAUUGGGCACUGGGUAAAGGUGACAUUGUAUCACCUAGGAAUAUCGAGUCUGCUCAUCGCGUCUCACUCACUAUAUGCCGCCGCUUCCAAUUUUCCUCGGCGUUGAAGCGAAUGUCGACGGUGUGUAGCCACUCUUCAGGCAAGAUAAUGGUUGCUGUGAAGGGUGCUCCUGAAACGAUCAAGAUGAUGUUGCUGCACGUGCCGGACUUCUAUGACGAGACGUAUAAGUGGUAUACAAGGCAUGGAAGUAGGGUGUUGGCGCUUGCAUAUAAGGAAUUAGACCACAUGUCUCAAGACAAGGUCAACAAGAUGCCGCGGGGUCGAGUUGAAAGUGACCUCAUCUUCGCCGGAUUUCUCAUUUUCCAUUGCCCUCUGAAGGCCGAUGCAGUAGAAACCCUCAAAAUGCUUGCAGAUUCUUCCCAUCGCUGCGUUAUGAUAACCGGUGACAAUCCCCUAACUGCCAUUCAUGUGGCUCAAGAAGUCGAGAUAGUUGAUCGACAGAUUCUCAUCCUCGAUCUAAAAGAAAAACCUCGCCAUCAAGGAGAUCUUGUGUGGCACAACAUGGAUGAGACUCUGGUCAUCGAAGUCGACCCGCUGGCUCCCUUGGACCAAACGCUCUUCGACCAAUAUGACAUUUGUAUCACCGGGGCUGCGGUGAGACAGUAUGCCUCGCAUCCCAGUUGGAACGACUUGGUACAAAAUACUUGGGUUUACGCUAGAGUGUCGCCUUCGCAGAAGGAGUUCAUACUGACUAGCCUCAAGACGCUCGGCUAUGUGACUCUCAUGGCUGGUGAUGGUACGAAUGACGUAGGUGCACUGAAGCAAGCGCACAUUGGUGUCGCUUUACUUGACGGCACUCCGGAGGAUCUUCAGAAGAUAGCUGAACACCAGAAGAUGGAUCGCGUCAAGAAAGUGUAUGAGAGUCAAUUAAAAAUAUCUGCUCGGUUUGGUCAACCUCCUCCACCUGUGCCCCCGAUUAUUGCCCACCUGUAUCCGGAUGUUGUCGAAGCUCAAAAGAAAGCCGCCAGUGAUUUGCAUACCGCUAGGAAGCGGAAUCCUAUGGAAAAAUUUGACUUGGCGUCCAUCACGGAUAAGCUUGCGGCAAUGGAAGAAGACGAUGAAGUCCCAAAGAUCAAGCUCGGUGAUGCGUCUUGCGCUGCUCCGUUCACUUCGAAACUGUCCAACGUCUCCGCCAUCACGCAUAUCAUCCGUCAAGGACGAUGCACUCUGGUCGCCACAAUUCAAAUGUACAAAAUUCUAGCAUUGAAUUGUCUCAUUACUGCGUACAGUCUAAGCGUUCAGUAUCUCGAUGGUAUCAAGUUUGGUGACUAUCAGGUCACUAUCACUGGCAUGUUGAUGUCUGUCUGUUUCCUGUGUAUAUCUCGUGCGAAGCCUGUCGAGAAAUUGUCGAAAGAACGUCCACUGGGAAAUAUCUUUAAUGUCUAUGUCUUGUUGUCUGUUCUCAUACAGUUCGCCCUUCACAUCGCAUCCUUAAUCUAUAUCACUGAAUUGUCCCGUUUCUUCGAAGACAGAGGGGAGAUCGAUCUUGAGGCGAAAUUCGAACCGAACCUUCUCAACACAGCCAUAUAUCUGCUUAGUCUUUCCCAACAGGUCUCUACGUUCGCCAUAAAUUUCCAGGGUCGCCCCUUCAGAGAAGGGAUCCGCGAGAAUUCUGCUUUGUAUUGGGGUUUAGUUGGUGCCAGCGCCGUUGCCUUCUCGGGUGCAACCGAUUUUGUGCCUGAGUUGAACCGAUGGUUACAGAUCGUAGAAAUGGACGCUACGUUCAAGUUCAAGUUGACCACGACUAUGAUUGUUGAUUUUGCCGGUUGCUGGUUGAUUGAGAUCGUUUGCAAACAUUUGUUCGCAGACCUUGAGCCGAAGCUUAUGGUCACACGUGGAAGAGAACGAAGGGAAUCUAGGAGAGUAAAUCAGGAGCAGCAGAGGGAAAAGAAAGAGUAA